UCCCAUCCCCCACCCCUGUCUGCCAGGUCGGAGGCGGGUUUAAAGCCAGGUGCGCCGAGGCAGCUCGCCAUGUCCAGAUCCGGGGACCGGACCUCCACCUUCGACCCCAGCCACAGCGACAACCUGCUGCACGGCCUCAACCUGCUGUGGAGGAAGCAGCUGUUUUGCGACGUGACCCUGACGGCCCAGGGCCAGCAGUUCCACUGCCACAAGGCCGUGCUGGCCUCCUGCUCGCAGUAUUUCCGAUCGCUCUUCUCCAGUCACCCCCCUCUCGGGGGAGGGGUCGGCGGCCAGGACGGCCUGGGGGCCCCCAAGGACCCACCGCAGCAGCCGCCGCAGCAGCAGCCGCCGCCGCCGCCAGCGCAGGAGGACCCCGGCACUCCAUCCUCCUCCCCCGACGACAAGCUGCUGACCAGUCCCCGGGCCAUCAACAACCUGGUGCUCCAGGGCUGCUCGUCCAUCGGGCUGCGCCUGGUGCUGGAGUACCUCUACACGGCCAACGUGACCCUCUCCCUGGACACGGUGGAGGAGGUGCUGUCGGUCAGCAAGAUUUUGCACAUCCCCCAGGUCACCAAGCUCUGUGUGCAGUUCCUCAACGACCAGAUCUCGGUGCAGAACUACAAGCAGGUGUGCAAGAUCGCCGCGCUGCACGGCCUGGAGGAGACCAAGAAGCUGGCCAACAAGUACCUGGUGGAGGAUGUGCUGCUGCUCAACUUCGAGGAGAUGCGCGCCCUGCUGGAUUCGCUGCCGCCCCCCGUGGAGUCGGAGCUGGCGCUCUUCCAGAUGUCCGUGCUCUGGCUGGAGCAUGACCGCGAGACCCGCAUGCAGUACGCGCCCGACCUCAUGAAGCGCCUCCGCUUCGCGCUCAUCCCGGCCCCCGAGCUGGUGGAGCGGGUCCAGUCGGUGGAUUUCAUGCGCACCGACCCGGUCUGCCAGAAGCUGCUGCUGGACGCCAUGAACUACCACCUGAUGCCCUUCAGGCAGCACUGCAGGCAGAGCCUGGCCAGCAGAAUUCGCUCUAACAAGAAAAUGCUGUUAUUGGUUGGUGGAUUGCCUCCUGGGCCGGACCGGCUCCCCAGCAAUCUGGUUCAGUACUACGAUGAUGAAAAGAAGACCUGGAAAAUCCUCACAAUCAUGCCCUACAACAGUGCCCAUCACUGCGUCGUGGAGGUGGAAAACUUCCUGUUUGUGUUGGGUGGAGAGGACCAAUGGAACCCUAAUGGAAAACACAGUACAAAUUUUGUCAGCCGAUAUGACCCCCGGUUUAAUAGCUGGAUACAACUUCCGCCUAUGCAAGAACGAAGAGCCAGUUUCUAUGCAUGCCGGUUGGACAAACAUUUAUAUGUGAUUGGUGGACGGAAUGAAACUGGUUACUUGUCCAGCGUGGAGUGCUAUAACCUGGAAACAAAUGAAUGGCGUUACGUGUCUUCUUUGCCACAGCCUCUGGCAGCUCAUGCAGGAGCAGUGCACAAUGGGAAAAUAUACAUUUCAGGGGGUGUACACAAUGGAGAGUAUGUCCCGUGGCUAUAUUGCUAUGACCCCGUCAUGGAUGUCUGGGCUCGAAAACAAGAUAUGAACACAAAACGCGCUAUCCACACUUUGGCUGUAAUGAAUGAUCGCUUAUAUGCAAUUGGAGGAAAUCAUUUGAAAGGUUUCUCCCAUCUCGAUGUAAUGCUGGUGGAAUGCUAUGACCCAAAAGGUGACCAGUGGAAUAUUCUCCAGACACCCAUUUUAGAGGGUCGCAGUGGUCCUGGCUGUGCAGCGCUUGAUGACAGCAUUUACCUGGUGGGAGGCUACAGCUGGAGUAUGGGAGCCUACAAGUCAUCCACAAUAUGCUAUUGUCCAGAAAAAGGCAGCUGGACAGAACUCGAAGGAGAUGUGGCAGAACCGCUGGCAGGGCCAGCCUGUGCAACAGUUAUCCUGCCUGCCUGUGUACCUUACAACAAAUAACACCAGGAAACCCCAGAAUGACACAUUCUAGGAAGCAGUGACAAGUGACAUCCCUAUUGUAGCCAGAACAAUGCAUUCUAAUGGUACAUCUGCCAAAACCCACUUUAGUGUCUGGUGAUUUACAAGAAGCUACAAAAGGAAAAGACCUGUUCUUGAACGGAAACUCUGUCUGUAACUCGCAUCACAUCAAACUUCCUGUGGUGACAGACUCUUCCAUUGCAGACUGGUUUUAACUUGUCUCAGCUUUACGAAAUCCCUCACGUGGAUUUCGACUUUCAACAGGAGAAAGAAGAUACAGAGGAGUGCCCCCCGAGAGACCUGAGAUCAGUAUUGUGCAUUGUAGUUUACCUGCAUGUGAUCUAUGUUGAAGUUUUGGGGAUAUUGUGUUCAUGAAUGAUUCCAAAUUUGACCCACCCAAACACUCAUACUACAUUACAGAAAUGGCCACUGAUUCUAUAUUCCUAACCUGUGGCAGCUUCACAGAUUCUGUAGGCAAUACAGUUAUAGAAAAUCAUGUAAGACUGAAGAGGAAUGUUUUUGCUUCCAUAGAACUUCAUUUUAUAUACCUUCUGCCCCUUAUAGCACCUCGUGGGAACAGAGAAGAAAAAGAUAUUGGCUCUUGUAGCAACUUCUUUCUGCCCUGUCAGUUCUAGGCUAGCCAGAGUCAUAAAUUCUGUGUCCUCAGUUUUAUCCAAAAGAUUAAAACAAAAUGCACUAUUCAGUUUAUAGAGGCUCAGGCUUUCUCAUUUGGGGCAGCAUAUAAGGAACGAACAGGGCCUCCCAGGUGGAGCUAGUGGUAAAGAACCCGCCUGCCAAUGCAGGAGGCUUAAGAGACAUGAGUUCAAUCCCUGGAUUGGGACAAUCCCCUGGAGGAGGGCAUGGCAACCCACUCCAGUAUUCUUGCCUGGGGAAUCCCAUGGACAGAGGAGCCUGGCAGGCUACAGUCCAUGGGGCCACAAAGAGCCUAAGGAGCUAACUGUAACUCCUCAAACAAUACCUCUCCCUCUUCCACACCUUUGGCUCUAGAAAAGACUCUAGAUGUGGCUCUAGAAAAGCACCUGAUGAACCCUCCUUCCCCUCAACUCAUUACAUUUCUUUGUUGUCAGCAGAGAUGCCUGGGCUCAGUGAAGCGAGCCAUCACUAGCUGUCUUGAGAAGCACAAGGAAUUUAGGAGCAGAAGGUCAGAAAAGCAUGAGACAAUAUCAGUGUGACCUACAAUAGAGUAAAACUAGCAGAAACGUGGAUUUGAUUCUCAAGCUCUUCAGAGCUGCCACAACAAUAAUUAGGAACAAAUCAAAGCCUAAAAUAUUUUGUGAAUCACCCAGAGAUGUUUUCAAAUCCCGCAACAAGUAUGUCGUUCAGAAAUAACCACAUAGGGAAGCCACCAAUUAAAAUUGCCCUGGUGACAAGGUUUCACUGUGGAGCAUGUCAAGAUGGAUGGGUGUACUGGAAUCCAAUGCCAUUUCUACAGUAAAGUGCAAUCCUUGUUGUUUUUGUAUUUAUUUGUAUGUUCAGAUCCAAAGGAUCCGUUGUAAAAAUAUAUAUAUAUAAAUAUAUAUAUCCAGUGGAAUCAGCUUUUCAUUUCUUUUUCCUUGAUCACAUAUGAAUACAUAGAAAGAAAGGUUACAGUACUUUGUGAUAGAAUUCCCAGCUGAUGUCAUGAAGAAUUCAAGGUCUCCUUCAAAACCUUUUAUCGUCAAUAGUCCCCAUCUCUUCCAAAAGUCAGUUUAUACAAGGGUAUUUGCUUUCCUUGGACUUGUUCUUCAUUUAUUUUUUAUUUCUAGCCAAAAUAAAUAAAAGCAUUUAUGAGAACUAUAAGCAAAGCUUUCUGUAUUUCAGAAAGGCGUAAGCUAUUAGAAAGUGAAGAGUGAAUAAAUAAAUAAAUCACAGAAAAUGUAAAUUUUGUACAGUAUUAGAAUGUGUAAAUGAAGCUUGCUUGGAAGGGGAAAACUUUAAAUAAAAACUUUAUGUACUAA